AUGAAACACCCGGAGAUGCAGAGGUAUUUAGAGGUUCCUUACGUGUUGCCACCCGUUCGCUUCCAGGACCCAAAGCCACUACCUCCUAAUUAUCGAUAUGAAGACAAGGACUACAUUUAUGAGACCAAGCACUGUGUUCAGCCUUCGAAUGAUGGACAGGGUGCAGCGACAGCACCAGCUGAUCGCAAGGGCUACGGAGAGCCGUCAGAGGACCCCCUCUUUGUCAAUAUUGCGUGCCAUUCAUCAUCGAAACCUGGGGCGAAUCUUCCUGUCAAGGUUUACAUUCACGGAGGAUUUCUUCAGUUUGGUUCGCCCCAUGGCUUGAGCUCCCAGUCACAAUAUGUGGCCGAGUCAAGGAAGGAAAUUCAUAUCAACAUCGGCUAUAGGCUCUCGGUGCUUGGUUUCCUUGCGUGCGACGAGCCCAAGAUAGACGGAAACUUUGGCUUCAAAGAUCAAUGGUUAGCGCUUCUGUGGAUUUCGGAGAACAUUGCAUCAUUUGGAGGUGACCCGAGCAAUAUUCAACUUUCUGGGCUGUCUGCUGGUGCCCAUGCCGUACACCAAAUCUUGCACCACCUUUCACACCUGCCACCAGGGCAGAACUCCCCGUUCCGUUCCGCCCAUUUGCAAUCAAACACAAUAAUGACUAUCCCUAAAACCCCGUUGGAGCUGAGGCAAUCCUUCCAAGCCCUUUGCCGCGCCCUCAAUCUCGAUCCUAAUGCCCCUGACGUGUUGGAGACCCUGAGAGACCCUGCCAAAGUUCCUAUCAAAGCUAUGAUGAAGGUAAUAGAGACAGACGAAGUCGGUGUGGAGCACGGCACGUACCGGGGAUGUUUUGAUGGCAAUUGGAUCCCUACCACACCCGAUCCAAUGACCUGGCAACGGUCGGGAGGCCUUGCUCGUGCUCUACGCGAGAAAGGAGUCAAGAGCAUUUCUAUUGGCGAUCUGAGCGAGGAGUGGUACCUUUACGCGAUCGCGCACCCGGUUCAAGGUCCACAGGAUGUGUUCCCUAACAUCUUGCGGUACUUCCCACGCCCCGUCGUUGAGAAGCUUGUGAAGAAGUAUCGGACGCUCCCAAGUACAGCAACUGUCGAAGAAUCGAUGAGGCAGAUGGGUGAUAUUCUAAGUGAUGGACAAGUGCACAUCCCCGUGAGGAUGUUUGCAAGAGAUUUCCAACAGGCGGGGUUCCCAAUUCUCAGAUAUACGAUUCGCUGGACUCCAGAACAACUGCGUCCAAAAGGGUGGGUCACGCAUGCAACUGACCGCUGCUUCUGGGCUCUCCGUAUCCCGAGCAUGAAUUAUCCACAGAUGAAGAAGGCGAUCCAGGCAGAUCUGCAUGUUCUGCACUAUAAGAUUUGA